AUGCUAUGGAUUUCUGAUUACUCCAGUGUCCUGAUAAUCCUCGGCGUGAUGGGCAUCUCACGUUGCAUCAUCAUAGUAAUGUAUGCAUUGGUGGUGGCCGACUAUGUCAGGCCAGAACAGUUUCCCUCGGCCUUCGGCCUGAGUAUGGCCAUUUAUGGAGUUGCCAGUAUCAGCUGUGGGCCCAUUAUAGGCGCCAUUCGCGACGCAACAAACAACUACACCAUCAUGUUCUGGAUCCUUAUCGCGAUCUUCACUGCGUCCACCACGGCCUGGGCCAUUGAGAUGUUUCGAGAAUGGAGGCGGCAGAAGCGAGAGAUACAACGAAAUAAUUAA